GCCCGGCAGCCCCGGCCCAGCCCGCAGCCCGGUACCUGAGGAUGUUGUCCGCGUAGGUUGCAGCAUACUAAUGGAUUGUGAACUUCAUUUACCAUGUAGUCAUAAGCACAAAACACAGUAAUAACAAAAGAGAGUAGCAUGGAGGAGGAUAAAGAGGGGGUGGAAAAAAUAAAAACAAACAUCCCACGUAGUAAAGCUGACAUCAAGCACUUAAAAGAACACUUUGGAUAUUCUUUCGUUGGCCUUUAAAUUACUUAGAAAACAGUGAGUACCUCCUGGACCUGUUGUGAUCUGUUACUGGAAUUUAUUUUUAAUCGUCUGAAUCUCAACCAUGUUGUCAAACUGCUUGCCAAAUUUCCUAAAAGUUACACACUCUCAUCUUCAGUAUUCAAGAUUAUGCCACCAAUUAAUAAGAAGUAAAAGGAGGUGCUUCAGAACUGCGCCAACAUCCAGAUUUCGCCGGCGAGUUGUCAUUACAGGCAUUGGCUUAGUGACUCCUCUGGGUGUUGGAACUCAACUGGUAUGGGAUCGUCUUAUUCAGGGAGAGAGUGGAAUUGUUUCACUGACUGGUGAAGAGUAUAAGAGUAUCCCUUGCAGUGUUGCUGCUUAUGUGCCAAGAGGUUCUGAUGAAGGUCAGUUCAACGAACAAAACUUUGUGUCCAAGUCAGAUAUCAAGUCCAUGUCUUCUCCCACCAUUAUGGCCAUUGGGGCUGCAGAGUUAGCCCUGAAAGAUUCCAACUGGCAUCCUCAAUCAGAAACUGAUCAAGUGGCUACUGGUGUUGCAAUUGGCAUGGGAAUGGUUCCUCUUGAAGUUGUUAGUGAAACUGCUCUGAUGUUUCAGACAAAAGGUUACAGUAAAGUCAGCCCUUUCUUUGUCCCUAAAAUUCUGAUCAAUAUGGCAGCAGGCCAGGUCAGCAUUCGAUAUAAACUGAAGGGCCCCAAUCAUGCAGUAUCCACAGCCUGUACCACAGGAGCUCAUGCUGUGGGAGACUCUUUUAGACUUAUAGCCCAUGGGGAUGCUGAUGUGAUGGUGGCUGGAGGCACAGAUUCUUGUAUUAGUCCUCUCUCUCUUGCUGGGUUUUGUAGAGCCCGGGCUCUCAGCACAAAUUCUGAUCCUAAGUUGGCAUGCCGGCCGUUUCAUCCAAAGAGAGAUGGUUUUGUAAUGGGAGAAGGUGCAGCUGUGCUGGUGCUGGAAGAACAUGAACAUGCUAUUCAAAGAGGGGCCCGGAUUUAUGCUGAACUUUUGGGCUAUGGACUUUCAGGUGAUGCUGGUCACAUAACCGCCCCCGAUCCUGAAGGAGAAGGUGCCUUAAGAUGUAUGACUGCUGCUGUAAAAGAUGCAAAUGUGCAACCUGAAGAGAUAACCUAUGUCAAUGCACAUGCUACUUCCACACCUUUGGGAGAUGCUGCUGAGAACAAAGCUGUCAAACAUCUUUUCAAAGACCACGCCCAUGCCCUUGCAGUUUCCUCGACUAAGGGAGCCACAGGGCAUCUGCUGGGAGCUGCAGGGGCGACUGAAGCAGCUUUUACAGCACUCGCUUGUUAUUAUCGAAAACUACCACCUACUUUAAACCUGGAUUGUACAGAGCCAGAAUUUGAUCUCAAUUAUGUCCCCCUAAAGGCACAGGAAUGGAAAACUGAGAAAAGAUGUAUUGGACUUACCAAUUCCUUUGGUUUUGGUGGUACUAAUGCAACACUUUGUAUUGCUGGCAUGUAGCACAAAUCAUUUGUAAUUAAUCAUUGAUUAUUUUUAAUG